AAUCCGUCGCUGUGCCUCACUGUCAGAUUAGAGUUUAAUCCGAGGAGGAGGAUACGGUCAAGACGCUGUGUGCAUCUUGGAAAGACUCUCAGUAUUUUUUUUUUUUUUUUUUUUUUACAAACUUACAACAAACGCGGCUUUACGUGAUGCUGUAAACCUCCGUACGUAAAGGGACUGCACGCAGAAGAUGAGACGCCGGAUUCGGUUGCUGUCUUUUGCUGACUUGCCAGCGUUAACACGUUAGCCGGCUAACUCGCUAAAAAAGAGUGAGGAAAUCGGAUUAGCUGCUAACGUUAGCUCCCCUCUAUGUAAUAUCCAGCUCUCUGCUGCACCUGGCAGCCACUACCCAGCAACCUGUUGCUUCUACAUAUUUCAAAUUCGUGCGCUUUUAUCCUCACUUGGGUUUGCUCUUCGUCAGUAUUCGCCAGCGUUAAUGUUGCUGCCAAAACAGCUAGGUCCCUAGCCCGUCCAACCACAACAUCAGCUAGCCGCCUUGCUAGCUAAUCUUACUGCUUCUUAGUUGAAAGAGGAGAGAAAACGAGCGUCUCCGACUCCAAACCAAUAUUAAAACGUCAAGACGGAGCUGACUGUCAAACCCGUGUGCUAGCUUGUCACAGGGCUAGCUAGCAAGACAGCUGCACAGGAUUUGAACUCCCGAAACUACCCUCCAAACACAAGAAAGAUGUCAGGGAAAGACAAAGACAAGGAUAAACAUGAAAAACAGUCCACAACAGAGCGGCUGAUAAAGGCUGUGCCGUACCCGCCUCAGCAGAAGCUGACUGUAAAAGACCUGUUUGAGGAUGGCAAGCCCAACGCCGAGCUGCUCCGCAACCACCUGGUCAAGGAGGGCCGAGUGGAGGAGGACGUGGCCCUCAGGAUCAUCAACGACGGCGCUAACAUCCUCCGCCAGGAGAAGUGUAUGCUGGAGGUGGAGGCACCCAUAACAGUAUGCGGCGAUGUCCACGGCCAAUUCUUUGACCUUAUGAAGCUGUUUGAAGUGGGAGGAUCGCCCAGUAACACACGGUAUCUCUUCCUCGGUGACUAUGUAGAUCGAGGAUACUUCAGUAUUGAGUGUGUUCUCUACCUCUGGUCGCUCAAGAUCAACCACCCCAACACACUCUUCCUCCUGCGAGGGAACCAUGAGUGCCGGCACCUCACAGAGUACUUCACCUUCAAACAGGAAUGUAAAAUUAAAUACUCGGAACGGGUGUAUGACGCCUGCAUGGAGGCCUUUGACUGCCUGCCCCUUGCUGCCCUCCUCAACCAACAGUUCCUGUGUGUACAUGGCGGACUUUCACCAGAAAUCAACUGCCUAGAUGACAUUAGGAAAUUAGACAGGUUUAAAGAACCUCCAGCAUUCGGGCCCAUGUGUGACCUGAUCUGGGCCGACCCUGGUGAGGACUAUGGCAGUGAAAAGACGUCUGAGCACUUCAACCACAACUCCGUCAGAGGCUGCUCAUACUUUUUCAGUUAUGCAGCAGUAUGCGACUUUUUGGUAAAUAAUAACUUGUUGUCAGUAAUAAGAGCCCACGAAGCACAGGAUGCAGGGUAUCGGAUGUACAGAAAAAGCCAGACCACAGGCUUCCCUUCAUUAAUCACAAUAUUUUCAGCUCCAAAUUACCUAGACGUGUACAACAACAAAGCCGCUGUAUUAAAAUACGAGAACAACGUCAUGAACAUCCGACAGUUUAACUGCUCCCCCCACCCUUACUGGCUGCCCAACUUUAUGGAUGUCUUCACGUGGUCUCUGCCUUUUGUUGGAGAGAAAGUGACGGAGAUGCUGGUGAACGUGCUGAACAUCUGCUCUGACGAUGAGCUCAUGUCAGAGGGAGAUGACCUGUGUGAAGGUGGCGCAACAGCGAUGCGUAAGGAGGUCAUUCGGAACAAGAUUCGUGCUGUGGGGAAAAUGGCCCGAGUCUUUGCAGUCCUCAGGGAGGAAAGUGAAAGUGUGUUAACACUCAAAGGGCUGACCCCAACUGGAACCCUUCCUAUGGGAGUGUUGUCAGGGGGGAAGCAGACCCUACAGAACGCCACCAUUGAGGCAGCUCAGGCAAAAGCUAUUCAAGGCUUCUCUCCCACGAGGAAGAUCCGUAACUUUGAGGAGGCUCGCGGCCUGGACAGGAUAAACGAGAGGAUGCCACCUCGCAAAGACGGCCAGCAGCCGGACGGCAACAUGGUCAACGCCAACGCCCCCAAUAAGAACGGCACUGAUGGAUAGGCAACAGAAAGACACACGUCCCUCCCUCCCAUCUUGACCCAUCCCAGCCCUCACUCACUCCCCAUCGGUCUUUCUCUCUCUCUCUCUCCCCCUCCUGUCUCUCUGAGGCUGCCUGUCCUCCACAGCUGGACAGGCAGAGGAACUGGACACAUCGGUGGAUGAAAGCAAAAGGACGCCACAGCGCUUGGAAGAUGCUUUCAGCUGCUGGGAAAUUCAAACGUCUGAUGUUAUGAUGUGGGGGGGGGAAAUAGAAUCUUAUUUUAUUUAUUGAAGGAAUUAUAUUAGAUAUAUUCUGUGUAAUAGUGACAAAUCAUUGAAUGAAGACAUUUCGCAAUUGUUCAAAUGUAUACUGUACACUGAAGUUAUUAUAACUUAUAGAUAAAUGUCAAAAGUAUAAGAAGAUAAUUUUGUAAAUUUGAGUUGAUUAAUGACACAGAUAGAUGGAGCCCUUAUUCUCCAGGAGUUCUAGUCUUUUUUUUUUUUUAAGUUUUUUUUUGUUUGUUUGUUUGUUUUUUUUUCAUUGUUGUCCUCUGUGUGCUUGGUAAGGGAAAAUUUGGCUUGAAAUACAAAUACCGUAACCUCGAAAGUUGUUGGGAUCUUGCAGGUUUCUUGCAGACAUUGUAGACUUUUGGGGUUGCAAAUACAGGAUGUGCUGAUACGUUCGUGUCACUUGAAAGAUACUUAUGUAUUGCAAGGGGAAAAACAGAAAAGGGAAGUAAAUUAUGUCACAAAAUUAAUGUAAAUGAAAUUCUUUUUGAGUGGAGGUUUCAUGAAGACUUAGUUUUAUAUUAUAAGUUGUCCAAAAAGUGUGGAUGAGCCCUAGAAGCAAUGACUGGUCACUGAAUUGCAAAUGGUGUUUGUUUGAUAUGAGAAAUGGUCCAGUUUUUUUUUUUUUUUUUUUUUUUUGCAAUUGUCUCUUCCAGAGUAACAACACACUCCCUCUGGAUCGCCAUCGAUUCCACAGUGAAAGAAACAUACGUUGAAGGAUUGAUGCUUUGCGUCACUGAUCGCUGCACUCGCUGGCUGCCGCGUGCUGUCACUACCUGCGCUCACUUGACGGCAGCUCGGCAUGUUCUCGCUCUGCUAAACCAAAAGGGAUUUACACCAUGUCUUAUUCUAUCACCAGAAGCAGGCCCGGCAACGCUUUCACACCCCACUUUGGUUGUGCUUUCUCCUCAAAGUUAACGCCGGUUCCUCUGGGGUCGAGCUCUGCACAUGAAGAUUACGGCACGAGAAUCCAACUGACACAGACGGAUUAGUUUCCUCUCCGGUUGCCCUCUUGGACAACAGAGGACACAUUUGCCCUUGAAGCAGAGGAACUGCUGGCAAUGCUGUCCUCAGAACAGACUGAUGUUCAUUAUCGUUUUAGCAAAUUCCAGUGUAUUUAACAGAAAUAUGGCACUUAGUUUGAUUUUUGAUGUUGUUGCUUUCUCGUUGAACACUAUAAAAAAACAAAAAAAACAGGGUGUGCUUUUGGGGCUUUUCUUUGUUUGUUGACUAAAGCUGUAUCAGUGUCUCCAUCUAUUGUUGAUAAUAUGCAGAUGUUUUUUGAAUUGUGAUGAAUACUGUACGCGCAUUAAAUAAGGGAAAUGUUUGACUUUCACUGAAAAGACAGCAUUUUGACAUUGCUGUACCCAUACACAUUGGACUGAGUCAUUCCCACCGGGAGGGAUGAUGUUAUAAAAGGCACCGCCGCCUCACUAGCAGCUGUCUAUCAAGGCCUAACAGUACUGUAAUCAUCUCAACCAUGGCUGACUCAUUUUUUUUUUUUUUUUAAACCACAUGUGGUCAUACCAGGCUGGGGACCAUUAACACUUAGCAAUUGCUGCGCUCAGAUUGCUGGUGUGUGCUUUAGCAAUUCCUCUCUUUUUUUUUUUUUUUCCUCUAUCCUGGAGUAUUCAGCUCUCGUCUGAACACUUCCAUUUGUCUUCACACCCACUCCCAACCCUUUAAGACUCGCUUUUCUAGGACAUACGACCAACUUAACUGGUGCUUCGACACACCUGACUGUAACUCCGUUGUCUUCUGUCGCUCAAGAAAGAAGAAGAAAAAAAAAAAAAAGCUUUAAGAUUUGCUAUUCUCUUGUGAAUUUACCCUUUUUUUAUAAAGGCAUUUGCGCUCAUGUGCCAUGCCACCUUGGCCACACAUGUCAAGAUCCGUAUGUGUGUGUGGAUGGUGAACAGAGUGAAGCCAGGACAGUGUCCCAUUCAGGCAUAUGAAGAGAUUAAAUGUCAGUGAAAUUAAUCUUGAUAUAUUGUUGUUUGCCGUUAUGUUCAGUAGACUUCUGGGAAAUGUUCCUAAAGCUUAAGUAUUUGGGUUUACAUUCAGUUGAAGUGUGAUGUUGAAAAUUGUUUUAAGAGUAAGGCUUUAUUGGGUGAGCCAUACAGUAUACUGACCUCCUGUUAGGUCCUAUACAUAUCUUGCAGAAUGUAAAAAAAUAUACAUAUUGUUCGUUUAAGAAUCUUUCGAUAGCUGUAAAAAGGGGUGAGAAAUCCUUUCAUCAAGUACCGUACUUGUCAUGCGAGGCCAUGAAAUCUUUAUCUACGUAGAUGUAUCACUUGGAAAAAAAUAAAAUAAAAUUCAAAUA